AUGAGCAGGCAACUUGGGGAUUUACUCGAAAACAUAAAGGCGGCAGUAUUCGACUUUGACGGGACUCUGGUCGAUUCGCAUAAGAUAUGGGCAAAAAUAGAUCAGGAUCUUUUCGAUCAACUGGGUCUAGUACAGCCCCCGAACUACGAAAAGGACAUUGCUGGAAAGCGUCUACCAGAGAUAGCUAAGUAUAUUAUUGAGCACUUCCAGUUGACGAAUGUGAGCCAGGAGAGAAUUCUGAGCUGCUGGGAGGAAAGCUAUAUGAAGUACUUUUCCAGCUCAGCACAAUUCAUAGAUGGCGCUGCCGAGUUUCUUACGUACUUGGCAUCCAAAAACAUUGCCAUCGGGAUUGCCACUGCUUCCACACACAAACUAGUAGAGCUGUUUUUCUCCAACCAUCCUGAAAUACGUGCACUGAUAAGUUGCGUAGUCACAUCAGAAGACGUUGUGCACUCUAAGCCAGCUCCAGAUGUUUUCCUGAAGUGUCUAGAGAGCCUAGGUGCUCAUCCCAGCGAGGGGAUCAUUUUUGAAGACUCUCUUGUGGGUCUUUCUGCAGCUACCAAGACAGGAAGCAAGGUGGUUUGUAUUCUUUCCCACCCUGAUGACCAUUUAGAAAAGAAAGAGCUGAGCCAGUUGCAAAUUAACUCUUAUUCUGAGUAUCUGUAUCAAUCUCGUACACUGGAGGAAAGCUGA